AUGAAAGAUUACAGUAUAUUUACUGGAGAAAAGAGGACGUUUGGAAUGGUAGAUUAUGUACUUUUGGGAAUUUCUGUUCUGGUUUCAAUGUGUAUUGGACUGUAUUUUGCCGUGAAGGAUCGCAAAGCGAAAAAUGCUGCUGGAUAUUUGAUGGGUAAUAGAAAUUUACCAAUGAUACCCGUUGCAAUGUCCUUGAUGGUCACUCAACUGUCGGCAAUUGGUAUUUUGGGAGUUCCAGCUGAAAUUUACAAUUACAACACAGUCUAUUGGUGGAUUUGUGGUGGAUAUAUUAUUGGAAUGAUAGCAUCAACAUUUCUGUUCAUGCCAGUUUUCUACAGGCUCAAGAUUUUGAGCAUUUAUGAAUAUCUGGAGAUGAGGUUCAGCAAGAGUGUCCGGGUUAUGGCGUCGUUGUCAUUCAUUUUAUCAUCGUUAAUUUACUGUGGAAUUGUAUUAUACGCACCAUCCAUAGCAUUAACUACAGUUACUGGUGUAAAUCUUUGGGGCUUAGUUUUAACCAUUAUAACUGUCGCUACUUUAUAUACUGCCCUUGGUGGUAUGAAAGCUGUGAUCUGGACUGACACUUUCCAAGCUGUAACAAUAAUAGCUGGUCUGUUGGCGAUAUUGAUACAAGGAGCAACUGUUUCAGGAGGGUUUGCCGAGGCAUGGAGAAAAGCAGAGGACCGUGGAAGAGUUUUGUAUUACGAUUUCAACCCAGAUCCAACCACAAGACAUACUGUCUGGUGUCUAGUUAUUGGUGGAGGUAUUUACUGGACCUGUAUGUUUGGUCUACACCAAGCCCAGAUACAACGUGUAACAGCUUGUAAAUCAUUAGUUGUAGCUAAAAGGUCAUUAAUUAUAGCAUACCUUGCAUUUAUUGCCAUUGUAUGUUUACAAUGUAUGAUAGGAAUUGUCAUGUUCGCAUUCUAUAGUGAUUGUUAUCCGGUAGAUUUUAUGAAUCUUGUGUCAAAGUCAGAUCAGAUAUUGCCGUUAUUUGUAAUGGAUAUUUUAGGAAAGAUUAAAGGGGUACCAGGGUUGUUUAUAUCUUGUUUGGUCAGUGGAAGUUUAAGUUCAUUAUCUUCAUCAAUGAAUGCAGUACCAGCUAUAAUAUAUCAAGACUUUAUAAAGCCAGUUUAUCCUAAUUUAUCGGAGAAAAGAUCUGUAAUAUUGGCAAAAGUAAUAGUUUUGGUUUAUGGGGUGUGUUGUUUUGCAUUUGCUUAUCUUGUAUCUCAACUAGGCUCAGUCCUUCAGGUUACCUACACUCUGCUGAUUGUUACAAUAGCUCCUAUGUAUGGUUUUUUCUAUGUUGGAAUGUUGUUUCCCUGGGUAAAUAACAAGGGAGCUAUAGUAGGCUGUUUUGUAAGCUUUGCGUCUAUCAGUUGGGUAGCAAUUGGUUCUUACAUAAACAAAGUAAAAUCGCCAACAUCGUCUAUGAGUACUGCGGGUUGUAACUGGAAUCUAACAGAAUUUAACAUGACGUCAACAGUUGCAGCUGUUAAUACUUCUGACCUCUAUAAUCUGUCUUAUAUGUGGUAUGGACCUUUUACUAUAGUUAUACAAAUAACAGUUAGUCUGCUUGUUAGUUUCUGUACAGGUCAGUACCGGGUGCCAGGUCAGCCAUUAAACCGGGUGUCUGAUGAUGCCAAAUGUUAUUUGUAA